UUUUCAAUCGUGUGUUAUAUUUUCGAUGGUAAAAGGAGAGAUAUUAGCUUUUUCAGUUAAAAAGAUAAUUUAAGAAACGGUUCUUACCUUUUUUUAGUUAAAAGUUAAAAGACGAGUUUUUAUAUUCCGAUAAAAAUCUCACCCUAAAAAUAUCCAUUAAACAUGCUCUAAAAACCCGCCUCUUAACCGGAAAAGUGUAAAAAAAACAAAAAAACAAAAAAAAAAUUAAAUCAUAAGUUAAAAACCCCACUAAAAGAUCAAGGUUAAUCAUGCUCUUAAAUGUCAAAUACAUAAAGAGGUACUGAAAAUAUAGACUAAUUGUUUAAGUUUGAGUUAGGGGUAUAAUUCAAAAAUGUUACCAUUCAUGAUUUACUUUUAAUUUUUUUGAGUUAGUGUUUGAGUUGUAUAUGAGUUACAACUAAAAUGAUAUAAAGAUGUGGCUACAGACACCCCGGAAAAAAACUCGAGAUGAGAUGUGGCCACAUCAAUUCAUGAUUUACAUGUAUAUGAGUUACAUAUGCCUAGAUUUAUGUGAUGAACAAUUCGUAAAUCUUUUUUUUUUAAUUAUUGAUGAGAAAGAAAUAUUUUUCUUUUCUGUCUACUCCACAAAAAAAAAAUGAUUUGUCUCAUAAUUUGCAGACACUAUUCACAUACAAUUUUUUCUAACUUUAUUAUUCACAUAUAAUUUCGAGUUGAAUUGCAUCGGAUGGCGACAUUUGUAAAAUUUAAUACGCUGCAAAUUCUUAUCAUUUGUCACGCAAGACACAACUAAUUAAAUAUGGUUUAAUUUUAUCUAUUAAACAUAAACUAGUGCUUCACUAUAUAUAAUUUUACUCUAUGCAGUUUGACUAAUUUGUUUUUGACAUAUGCAGUUCGACUAUUAUUUUUUUUGACAUAUGCAGUUCGACUAAUUAUAUAAUUUAAUUAUUGUGAACACUUAACUUGUCGAGAAAGAUAGCAUGUUCGUCCUCUUUGUUUUAUAAAAACUGAUCCAUGUGAGCCCUUGAUUAUCCAUGCACACACUAUCACGUUAUUACCACAUUUCUUGUACAUCCAUCCUCAUGCUUUCUUCCUUAUUUUAUGACGAAAUAUCAUUUUUAAUUCAAUUAUGAGACACAACGGUUCAUCACGAAAAAAUAUCUACAUACCAAAGAUGUAGUAAUAGUAUACUAGUAUAUGCUAAUAUUAUUUCUUAAUUGAAAAGGAAAAUCCUCGUUAGAGAAUCCCUGAAUAUAUGACUUAGGUUGCCACAACUGAAAUAGUUCGUAGAUGCUAGUGCUGGUGUUGUUGGCGCUGCUGGUUAUGCAAUAUGUCUUACAUUAGACGCAUCCACUGGCUUGAUCCGACAAUUCCUCACAAUAUGGUCUGAUCGCCCACGAGAGUGAAACUUGACGCACUCUCUGAAAUGGGAAUGAUGGCAAUAUAUGCAACUUAGGGGGCCUGACUGAUCCAAAUUUCUCAUAAUUGGCUCAUAAUUCUUUCCAGACUUAGGUUAUUUUACCUUGCUGAGCAUAUACUCCUCAGCUAGGCAUGCUUCCUGAGUAGUAGCCUUAUCCAUCAGAACCUCUACGUCAGAUCCUCUUCAUUCAUAACCUUUCCAGAAAAUUUACGGAGUCAACUGAAAGCCAAUUUGUACUCCCUGGCAAAACCGGACUUGAGAACAGUAUGUUGAAACAUUUGAAUGGGGCCUUUAAUUCUUAAAAAAAAAUUUGGCCUAAAGAAUUCCAGUAUGGUCGUGAGCAUUUUCUACCGAUUUGCUCACCUUGUUUUUACAUGAACCUUUUUUUUUUACUAAUGCUCCCAUUUUGAAAGAAAGAUGUGCUGAUGUUUAAUUACAUGGUUAAAUUGGCAAUAAUAUGUAUCUAUUGGUUAAGGCAAACCAUAAUUAAUUGAUAAAAAUUCUUAUCAAAAUUUUGAUUAUUAUGCUUUAGAUAUAAAUAAAUGUUAUAUCAUAAAAUAUUAAUUUUUAGAUAAUAAUUUCAAUCAUAAAAUUUAUAAUAAAGCUCCUUAAAUUUUAGGUCCGGCUCUGCUCCCUCGUGCCAUGAACCAGCUGAGUGGUGUUUGCUAGGCCUUGCGAUCGAACAAUCUGUUGAGAAAUCUCUUGUGCUGUUAUCCGAGCAGCCUCUUAGGCACAACAUCCUUUGAAUAUUUAAAAUGGAUAACGGAAGAUCUGGUAAAAAUCAUCAUAAAAGUCAAUGGUCCAUGUCAACGUCUUACCAUUAAAUAAUCAUCGUAAAAUAAUUCCCGAGUCUUGUAUGAAACUCAUGGUCAUGAUUUUUUCCAGCCAAGAACACCAAAAGACCCAUGUUAAUGUUCUCUUACCAGUUCCCACAUAUUCAUACUAUCGAUAAUCCUAUGUGGAAGCCGUACUAUAUUACAUGUUCUUCCGUUACUAUGCGAUGUGACAGUCUAUAAUUGAUUAAUUAAAUGAUAGAAUAUUAUUUUACAUUUUCUGAUAGUUAGAGCUGUCACAUAUUCUUUCUUUUCAAAAUUAUUUUCUCAUUCUUGAAUUUCAGAUCACAUUACAAAUCCAUGUUGCUGUAUUUAAACUAGGGCUAGACAAAAUAUCUGUAAAUUUUUAUUGGAUUCGUUAUCCAUUUCAAUUCAAAAUAAAAAUCCGAUAUCCGUAGAGUUACGAAGCAAAUCAAAUACUAAUAUGAAAUAUCUUCAAGAAAUGAAACAAAUUAUAAAUACUAAUGUUGUUACGGACGAAUAUUUGAUAUGAUCUGUUAUAUGCAAUAUAUAUACUUAUAUUUUUAAAAAAAUAUAUAAAUUAUAUAAAUAUUAUAUUUUAUAUAAGUUUUUAAAUAUUUUUAUUUAUUAAAUUUAUGAUAUUAGUUAUUAGAAUUUAAAAAGGUAAAUAAUUAUUUUUAUUUUUUGUAAUACUAAUAAUCAUUUUAUAUUAUUUGUUUUUUUUAUUUAAUUUUUAGUUUAAUUUUACUCGUAUGGAUCAAAUCGGGUAUCUAAUUUAAAAACUAAAAAAAUUCUGAAUACAUGGGACACCGUAUACCUGUGUGGCUAAAUUCAAAUCAAAUCGGUUAAUUAAUUAUUCACGAAAUGGAGAUCACGAAUACCUCCAAAAACUCGGAUAUUCGAUCGAUAACCACCCCUAAUUCAAUUAGUGAUUUAAAAUCAAUUAUUAAUGUUUUGUAAUCUAUAAAAUUUUAAAAUUUUAAGAUAGUUAAAUUGAUGGAUUCUAAAUUUUACUGUAGAGUCAUUUAUUUAUGAGACUCUGUAAGAAAUUAUUUGAAAUCAAUCUAAAAUACAAAAAAAAUUUAAAAUCCGUAAAUGUUGAAUAACACUAAAUUUAAAAAAGUGAAUUUAAAUCAUUCAUUGAAUAACACCUAGAUUUUAAAAUAGAAUAUAUAAUCAUAUUCGAAUAUUCGAAUAACAGUGGAUUGUGUUUAUAUUUAAGUAUAAUGUUUCAUUCUUUUUGUUAUCCUGUAUCCGUUUUUCAUAUUUCAAUAUUGUUAGAUAUUGUCAAAUGAGAAAGAUUGAUCUUAAAAUUCACUGUCCCAAGUAGGUUUAUCAAAGACUCGUGAUAUUACAAUAUGGCUAUUAUAGCUUCCAAGAAUAGUUAAACUAUUUGUAAAAUACCAACUAAUACAAAGAUAAUGUGUAGGUUAUGCUUACCAGCCCAACAGUGCCGUGCGAAGGUUUUCGGAGACCCGAGGCGAGUUCAAAAAUAUAUUUUACAUGAUAUAUUUUUAAUAAUAUAUAUAUAUAUAUAACACUCAAAAUUUUUGAAUUAUUACAUAAACGUUUUUUAAAUUUUUUUCACCAAAAUUUUAUAAAAUAAAAUUUUUAAAUCAUGAACAAAAAGUAUGAAUUUGUAAUAUAAAUACAAAGAUAUAAAUUUUUGAUUGAAAUGUUGGUAGCUGUCAAAAAUGUAAAUCUUAGCAUUUAAAUUAACUAUAAUAAACUAUAUAUUGAAAAUAUUAUAUUUUCUUUAUCAAAUUCUCAUAAAUAUGUAAAAUAAAUCUAACUCAUAGCAUAUAAAAGAAAAGACCAAUGUGAUCAAAUAUUUACAGUUUUUUAGAAGUAGAAUCUUUAUUGUUUUAUUUAAAAUGUAGCAAAAAUGAUUACCAACCUAGUUACUUUAAACAGAAGUCCAAUUUAAAUUCAAAUAAAAAUAAAAAUCUAACUAAUAGAAUAUGUUAACUACUAUGUAAAAAAUUUUUUUUUUAUAAUUUAGAGCCCUAAAAUUUCUAAAAAAUUUGGGGGCCCUAGACGAAUGCCUUUUUCAAAAGCUUCUAAGCACGGCUCUGCAGCCCAAUAUGCAAAUGAUCAAUUCUUUGAAUAAUUAAGAGGAUCGAUUGGAACCGAGUUAAUUUUCCUCCGAAAGAGGAGAUCUAAUCCAUGUUCAUCAAGUAACGUGCCACGUACGUACCUCACAUUUUCUUAGGCAUAAAUACCGGAGUAAGCUUCUAAUGAUCUUCUGGAGUAAGUUUAUUUUGCAGACAAUUUAAGACAUCCUACAAUUAUUUCUAUCUGUAUUUUUUUUCUUUUUCCCAAAACAAUUUCAUUGAACAAAUAGAACAAUCAUAAUGAUGAUGGGACCAAUUGGCAACAAAUGUUGCUGUAGAUUUAUAGAUGUAAAAAAAUUGGAUGUUGUCAUCAUUCAAGGUUGUGAGUGCUAAUUGAAACAUUGUUUAAGUAAAAUAUAUAUAUAGGCUUUCAAAUUAAUAAAUUUUUGAUAUCUUCUCUAUUAAAACUUAAUUAACAAUUAGGUGAUAAUGAGAGAAGUUAAUGAGAUCGUUACCCUCUAGCAUACUCAAAAUGGUUCAGUCAAAUAUAAUCAAUGAAUGCCGUUGCGGAUAUAUAUUACAACUGACCGGUUGAGUACAAACUACUUACACCAAUUAUAAUAACCAUAACUAGAGAAGAAAAAACAUGAUCAUACGGAAUCAUCUUUACCGUUUUACGAAAAGAAAAAUCAAAAGAACCAUUAAUCGACAGGUAUUGGGACUACGUAAUUCAAAAGGUUGAGAGUUGACCAUGAUAUAUUAAUAUACGAUCUCUUGACCAUCUUUCACGAAAUUAAGUUACGUUCAGACUUGUGUAUACACAUAAAUGGAUACAUAAUACAAUUUUGUUGUUAUAUUAAGAAACCAACAGUAAUGUACAUACAUGAUACGUAUAACGAUAUAGUCAAGCUAACCAUAUCUUUACGCCUUAAAAAGAAGAUAUAUUCAGUUCCUUCCUUCAAUAUAAAAACCUAAGGUGCCUGUCUUCUGUUGUAUAUAUAGAAGACACGAGAUGCAACAUAGCUGCACAAUUCGUCCAUAUAAAUUUGUCCACACUCGAAAGACGAAAGGUAACAUGUCGCAGUUCCUCUAUUCUCUAACGCUCGUCUUCGUUUUCCUCACGUCAACAAACAUCCAAACGACAGCAGCCACUCCAUCAUCCUACUCCCAAAACCACAAAAUGUUCGUGAAAACGGCAUGCAAUUCGACAACAUACCCUGACAAAUGCUACAAGUCUUUAUCCACAUACUCCACGGCCAUCAAAUCCGACCCGAUCAAGCUAUGUACUACAGCGCUUAAACUCAACGUGAAAUCCGCAAAAGAAGCGACUUCUGUCGUCGCUAAGCUUCUUAAAAAGUCCCAGAAAUACGCGGCCGGGCGAAAGAGUAGAAUGGUACCGGAAACGCUGAUCCUCAAGGACUGCCUUGAGGAGAUGGAGGACACAAUUGUUGAGCUCAAGCAAGCGAUUACAGAGAUGAAGACUCUACGAGCCGGUGACUCUAUAGCUGAGCAUAUAACGAACGUUAGGACUUGGGUGAGCUCGGCGUUGACAGAUGAAGGGACUUGUACGGACGGAUUCGAAGAGGUGAAAGUAAAUAAAGAAACUAAGAAGACGGUGACGAAGGUUGUCCAGGAACUUGCAACAACGACUAGUAAUACUUUGGCGCUUAUUACUAAUUUAAGUUACUAGCGUAUAACUGGAAUAUAUUAAGAUUAUUGUUAAUGAAUUAUUAAGACCCUUUCCAUGUGCAUGUUGCUUCUGUUUUCUUCACGCGAAAAUGGAUGCGAUAAAUUUCUUGUAUUUACCAUAUAAAAUUGUAAGAUGUUAGAGUUGAUUUGAUUGUGCCAAACUAUAUGUAUACAUAGCUUUUUAAAAAUAUUACGAAAGAAAUUUACGAAAGAAAUUCCCCCACAAUAUAUUUUUUAAAAAUAUACAUAUCCACAACAUGUACGGAUCGGACGAGCAGCUCAAUACCCUUCCUAAACAGCAUUUGAACAUAGAGAACAAGCCACGUUUACAAUUGGACAUCCACUGCAGGUUUUAAAUGGAUAUCCGGUGAUUAAAAGUAAAAAAAAAAGAUGAGCAUGCUAUUGCAUCCACAAUUUAAUUAUUCAACAUAUUAAACCUAAUAGUCUAAUACUAUUUUAUGAAGUUAAUUAACCCUAAUACAAAAAAAAAAAAUUAGCCCUAAUACUUGAUAUAUCUUUUCCUUCAUGUUUUUAGUGUCUCCCUUUUAAUCGGAUUGUUGGACUCCAACAGAAUUUCUGACCGAUUUUUCAUAAAUUCCAAUAAAAAUGGUAUUUGUUAGAAUUUCGUCAAAAAUUUUCAAUGGAAAUUCGACGAUAUUCCCUUGACAGUGGUAUUAAAGUCCGUCAAUGGGAAAUCUGUUCUGAUGACAGUCCAUCGGUAUUAAUAAUCAUUUUAUCAUUGAAAAUUAAUCAGAAAUUUUUAGCGCUAAUUCGACAACAUUUUAUCAAUAUUGGUAAUGACUUUUGUCAUAAAAAAUUUGUCAAUUUUCUUUUAACAAAUAUUGGAAGAUAAUCCAUCUAUAUUUAUAAUAAUUUUCAUCGUCGGUAAUUCGUCAAUUUUUUGAUGAAACUAUAACUUUUGAGAUGCAAAGUAUUACCUCUUAAUUUUUCGACGACAGGCAAAUUUAUGACGGUUUUAAUUCGUCGGAAAUUAAGUUUUUAAUUGAUAAAAUUAAAAUUUUCUUUCACUAUGCAAAACUGACAGUGACAGGUCUCUCUCUCUCUCUCUCUCUCUCUCUCUCUCUCUCUCUCUCUCUCUCUCUCCCUCUCUCUCUCUCUCUCUCUCAUUGGAAACAAACAUGUUUUCUUGUAGUGAAUAUCAUCUUUAGUUAUAAAUAUUCAGUUUUGAGUUAAAAAAAAAUGGCUCUGAUUAGUAACAUAUAGUUAUAAGUUUAAGUUGUAGUAUGAGUCCCGAUAUCGUUUCUUGAAGAUUUUCCAGGGUCAUCCUAGCAUGGACGUGUGAAGACCCAGUAGUGGGUGCCUCAUUGCGAGGAUUUGGGAAAAAUAUCAUCUUUUGUGCCGUUCUGGCAUGGAGCCAUACGUGAUCAUGUGAUCUCAGUGGAUUCGUGAACCUGGAUUUGCAUUGCAAUGAGAUUUACGAUAUAUAUGUAUUUUGGCUCAGAGCCUUAGUGGCACAUGGUCUUAUGGUUGCGUAGCCGUAGAAUUAUCUGAUCUAAAGAGCGUGUAGUCAGAUCAGAUAAUAGAAGUCUCGAUAUGCUUUCAUUAGCAAGAUGUCUUCCUGCCUAUGAACGGGAGGUCGUGCCUGAGCCAGUAGAUAACUCAUAUAGUGCUAUAAUAGGCAUAGAGUUUUAAUAUGGUUGUCAAAUAUCUCCCAGAAUUAGCAUGAGAACCUUUUCUUCCUAUCAUGUGAGAAGGAAUGUUUGACCUGGAGGCAAGACGAGAGAAUCGUGGAGGGGAUGCCCCAUUGUAGAUGCCCCAUAGUAGAUAUUUUCCAGCCUUGGUUUUUUUUGGGGCCUUUUUGGAGAUUUUCUCUCCUUUCUUAUAGGAUGUUAUUGUUAUGCUCGAAGGAUUUCGAUUUACGUGUAGGACGAACUCGAAUUAAAUUCUCGAUAUUCAGAUUUUGUCAUCUUUCCUACACGUAUCUUACUUUUCUUACGUGUAGGACGGCUAGGAGCGCCGUUAUAUAUAUAUAUUAAAUAAAAAUUAUAAUAAAAAUAUUUAUUUUAUUUUAUUUUUUACAUAUAAUUAAAUUAAAUUUUAAAAUUAAAAUAUUGUUAGAAAAUAAUAAAAUCUAAAAAUUAAUACAUUUUUAUUUUUUAAAUAUAAUUUAAAUUUUAAUAUUUUUAUUUAUGUGCAUAGUGCAAGAAAGCACU